AUGAGCGGUAUUCCCGAUUUCGGAGCUUCUUUACCAAAGAACUCCAAAAGCGCCUCAGUGAGAGACAUUCCUGAUUUGAACAUCAAAUCACUGUUCAGAAUGAUAGUGCUCGGCCCGUCUUUUAGCGGUAAAAAUGAUCUAUGUAUGUUUAUUCUUAAACAUUCCCCUCACGUGGUCGCACACCUAACUAUUAUCGCAAGAAACCCCCAUCAGGAGAUGUACGAGUAUCUACGCGACAAACUUGACGGAUUUAUUACUUAUACAGACCCUGAUGCGCCCCCAAGCGUAGAUCAAGUUCGUAGAACCCCGAUGAACUCAAACAAACCUGAACUUGUUAUCAUUGAUGACUACAGCAACGACAAACUACUCCAGAAGAAUCUGUUUUCUCACUACUUUAUCCGUGACCGCCAUUUCAAAUUGAGUACUAUUUUCCUUAGUCAUAGCUACUUUGCCACUGACAAGAUGAUUAGAUUGAAUGCAGAGUAUGUAUCUAUUCUAAAAGCUAAUUCCAAGCUUGAUGAACGUAGUAUCGUAUACUACUACAACAAAGCCACGAAACGUAAAGGUCAGAUGGUAUUUGUGGAUUCGGUUAAAUGUCAGCUUCGGUACAGCUUCAAUCGCCCUAUUACAAUCCUUUCGGAAUAA